UCGAAAAACGGAGGAGGAAUAAAAUACUUGGCUCGGCACGUGGUAGCAGCAGAUCGGCUAGCAAUGGAGGUGGCGUCGCUGUACCGGCGGGUGCUCCCGACGCCGCCGGCCGUGGAGUUCGCGUCGCCGGAGGGGCGGCGGCUCUUCGCGGAGGCGCUGGAGGGCGGCACCAUGGAGGGCUUCUUCAGCCUCGUCCCCCACUUCCAGACGCAGUCGGAGCCGGCCUUCUGCGGCCUCGCCUCCAUCGCCGUCGUCCUCAACGCGCUCGCCAUCGACCCGGGCCGCCGCUGGAAGGGGCCCUGGCGGUGGUUCGACGAGUCCAUGCUCGACUGCUGCGAGCCCCUCCACGUGGUCCGCUCCCAGGGCAUCACCUUCGGCAAGGUCGUCUGCCUCGCGCGCUGCGCCGGCGCCAGCGUCCGCUGCUUCCGCGCCGACCACGCCGCCGUCCACGACCUCCGCGCCCACCUCGCCCGCUGCGCCUCGUCGCGCGACUGCCAUCUCAUCGCCUCCUACCACAGGGGCCAUUUCAAGCAGACUGGGGGUGGCCAUUUCUCGCCGAUCGGCGGCUACCAUGCCGGGACAGACAUGGCGCUCAUCUUGGAUGUGGCGCGCUUCAAAUACCCUCCUCAUUGGGUUCCAUUGACACUUCUCUGGGAAGCCAUGAAUACGACUGACAAAACAACUGGAUUUCCCAGGGGGUUCAUGCUUGUCUCAAGGCAAACUUCAGCUCCUUCAUUGCUCUACACAGUGAGUUGCGGGGAUGAAAGUUGGAAAAGCAUGGCCAAGUAUUGUGUGGAAGACGCCCCCAAUCUUCUGAAGGAUGAGAGCCCAGACAAUGUCACAACACUUUUGUCCCGCCUAGUGGGAUCUCUCCCGGCCAAUGCCGGAGAUCUCAUCAAAUGUGUCGUUGAAGUCAGGAGAAAGGACGAUGGUGGAUCAUGCUUGAGCAAAGAGGAGAAAGAGAGGCUUCUUCUGAAGGAAACAGUAGUACAGCAAGUCCGUGAUACCAAGCUUUUCAGAAUAGUCCAGGAACUGCAAUACCCCAAGCGGCUUCGUCAGGCACACACAAAGAAUGUUAUCUCAGGCACCGUGGUAUCCGAAGGGAAUAGACAAGCAAAUGGUGUUGAUUUGCUUUUACCAGCAACCCCAUCGGAGAAAACCUUAUGCAGUCCAAACUCGACGAACGAGGCUGUCAAAUAUCCAUCAAGCACAGAUGUCCUAACUGUCCUACUGCUGGUUUUGCAUCCCGGCACAUGGUUUGGCAUAAGAGAUGAGAGAGUGAAAGCGGAAUUUCAGAGUCUUGUUUCAACAGAGAGCCUUCCUGACCUUCUUAAACGGGAGAUACUGCAUCUAAGGCGGCAGCUCCAUUAUUUAACUGGUUGUGAAGGAGAGGAGGCAUGUCAAGAGCCUAUGCCACUAUCCCCUUAGGGAUGAUGUUGUCACUUGACUAGGAGGGGAAGCCCUUGGAGAUUACGCGAGCAUAACAUAAUAAAUAUGGCUAUGCGCAUCGCUUGAUGCAAAGUCCGGGGUUAUCCUCCUUUUCUAAAAAGUAUCAGACUAAAAUAUAGUAUGAUUCAAUAAACAAAUUUAAUUCCUGAGGCAGUAGGGCAUACUACGAAGGAUCGAAUAACAGCAUUUUGAGGGACUACUGAAGGCCAAGACCAACACUAGCUACUAAUUUAUGUCUGUUAGCUACAUAUGUGUAAUUAUCCAUGUUGAAUGUAUUCACACCAAGAUUUUAUGCAA